UGCCUGCAACAAUUUAGAUAAGAAAUAUUCAGAGUUCAAACUUUUCAGCUAAAAUGGCAGUGUCCCCUGUAGCUGGUCUCAACUCCAAGCUUUCACUUCCUUCAGGGAAGCAGCAACACUCCAAAUUCACUGGCCAAUCAGUGAGAGCAAUACCUAUACGCAUAUUAACUGUGGGGAAGAAUAGGUCACAUGGAGUGCAGUUAAUAGUUGAUGAGUAUAUGAAGAAGCUCAGGAAUUAUUGUAGUGUUGAUGAUGUUCGAAUAAAGUCUAAUCCCAAAAAUGCACGUGAUGUAGUGGCUCAAAUUGAACAUGAGGACAUUGCUGUUAUGGGCCUCAUCAGGCCUGAUGAAUGGGUUGUAAUGUUGGAUGAGCGUGGUCAUGAUGUGGGAUCCGAGCAGGUGGCUUCUUUAAUCGGAGACGCUGGAAACAAGGGAGCAUCAAGCUUACUCUUUUGCAUUGGUGGACCUUAUGGACAUGGUAGACAAUUGCGAGAGAGAGCUAACGUAUCAGUUAAAUUGUCAUCCUUAGUCUUGAAUCAUGAGGUUGCCUUAGUUGUACUGAUAGAACAACUUUACAGAGGGUGGACCAUUCUUAAAGGACAGAAAUACCAUCACUAGACAUUGAUGUCUUAACCA